AUGAUCACCGACCUGGCCUUUCUGAUCCUGGAAGACGACGUGGGCAAUGUUGCAAGUGUGAAAGCCGUUCGAUUGAUGCGGGUCUUUCGCUUUGUCAUGGCCUUCCGGACUCUGAUUACAUCCAUCUUGUACACCUUGAAGUCUUUAUUUUGGGCAUUGAUGCUGCUCAUUGUGAUUGUCUACGUCUUCGGAGUUCUGUUUACGCAAGCCGUGAACGACUUCCUGCUGGAACAUGAUGCAGCGAUAUCGACUGUCUUGACGGCUAGAGAGCUGGAGCUCGCGAACAAGUAUUUUGGCUCCCUUGCCAAUUCAAUGCUGAGUCUGUACAUGAGCAUCGCCGGCGGCGUCAGCUGGGAAGAUGUCAUAUCACCGCUGCUGGCAGUGUCGGAGAUUUGGGGAUUUCUUUUCCUCUUCUACAUCAGUUUCACACUCUUCGCCGUCCUCAAUGUCGUGACAGGAGUGUUCUGUCAAAGCGCGAUUGAGAGCGCCCAGAAUGAUCACACAGCUGUGGUCCACUCCAUCCUCAAGAACAAGAAGGCUCAUGUCGACAAGAUCAAGGCGCUCUUCAGCAAGUUGGGGGACGACAAGACUGGUGCAAUCACCUUCGCCAUGUUCGAGGAGAAGAUUAACUCACCGGCCGUUCAGGCGUAUUUCGAAGUCCUGGGCCUGGAUGUGUGGGACGAUGCUGGGCUGAUGUCGAGGGUGUCAGGUUGA